GAUUAGAUUUAGAGGACACAGGAGGUUCUCAAGAAUUACGAUUAUGGAAAGUAGAGAGCUCGGAAUGGGAUAUUGGUAUACCCCUAUCUGUAUAAGGCUUGUUCCUAAAGGUAGUCUUGAAACUUUUGCAUUCUCAGGCAUUUACGUUGUCGACAAGAAUAAAGCUACACUCGAACAUUAUUUUAUAACGAUAUCUUCUAUUCCUUACGAAGAGUUGAAAUCUGGCUAUAAUUUGUAUUUGACAUCUGGAGCUUCAGUUACCGAUACUGAGAUUCUCUGGUAUCCAGUUAAUUGUGAUAACGUAUUCCCAAUCUUCAAUAAAUUGAAAUGUGGGGAAGAUGACAAAUUGUACACGACACUAAAGGAAAUGCUUGAAAAUGGAUUCAGAUUAAUCCCAAUAGAAACGAAACUCACAAACAAUAUCAAGGCUUUGAUGUCUAUUAAUAUAUUGAAUUUGAAAAUGGUGGAUAAAGUUAAUUAUAACAAGUUUCAUUCAUCGGUAUCUUCUUCUUUGAAGCCAAUGAAUUUCAACAACAACAACAGUAAUAAUAAUAAGCCUAUUACCAUUGAAAGUUUCCCUUUUAGUUUUACCAAUCCAGCGCUUUUCUCAAACUUUUUAUCUCAGGGUAUGCUUAACUUUAGAAUAUCAGACGGUGAGAAUGAAUUGGCAUUUCUCUCAGACAUCAAGUAUUUGGAGAAUAUGAUUGGUGGAGUCGUCCAAGAAUCAGGAGGAAAUUCUGUUGGCUUGGUGUUGGGAAAUUUGAGGAAAUUAAAUGGAGAUGGAGACUUGACUUGUAUACUUAGUUGGAAUAGAAUAUUCAAGGUAUUAUGUCAAACAGAUCACGACGAGCAUACUUUGAACACAAGGGGGAAGCCAUUACAUAAUUCAAUUGUCGCCAUCACAGUCGAAGAUCCCAAAACCCACAGAGUAUAUUGGGGGUCAGGAAUAUAUUACAAUGGAAGCACCAUCGUUACAAAUGACCAUGUGGUUAACACAAAGGCCAAAUCUAAAAUUGUGAUCUAUUUAGAUAAAGAUACCAAAAUUGAGUUGAAGUUUGAAAAGAUGAAUGGGACCAUGGUGACUUCAAAGUAUAAUUCUACAGUAGUGGGGUAUGAUCAAAUAGUAACUCCGUUUGAAAGUUUGGACUUAUCUUAUAUCAAAUUAUCCACUGCGAAUCAACAAGUAUUACAAUCAGUGGAUAAUAUUUCACCUUCUAGAAGAGGAGAGUAUUCAGUCGGCGACAAGGCACAUACCGUGGGGUUUGGACUAUUUCUUUCGCCCACCUUGAAUCUUCUUGGCAAUGACCUACAACCAAUAGUAGCCUCUGGGGUGAUAUCGACAGUAUCUCUGCUUCCAUUUUUCUCUGAUUCCAAGAGGAAAUAUCCAAUUCUAAUGAUCACUACAUCCUCAUGUUGGAAUGGAUCCUCUGGAGGAGGGCUUUUUCUGAAUGGGAAUCUAAUAGGAGUAAUAUGCUCAAAUGCUCAAGUGAGAUUACCUGAAAUUUUACUUUCUAAUGAUGCAAAGGCUUACAUUCCAUCCACAGAGAAAAUAUCAAAGUUCUCUUUAUGCAUACCCAUAGAAUUGAUCGAUUUACUUUAUACACACAUCAUGCAAGAAGGAACUGAAAGACGUAUAAGUAAAAGAGUAGUGGACACAUGGAAACUUGCUCAGACCCAUAAUGAUGUCAUCAUCGAGCAAAGUUCAAAGUUGUAGAGGUGGUCCCAAAUAUCCUGAUCAUAAUAAUUAU